UUUACGUUUUUGGAUUCGCGUAAGGACGUUUUCUUCUUCUUCUUCUUUUCUUUUCUGUGUGUGUUGUGUGUGUGUGUGGAUUGAACGGAACUGUUCGCGAACAGUGACAUUUCACCAGGACCCACCUGGGGCUUACGUAAGGGCACCGACCAUGUAUGCCGGACGCAAAAGGAGAAAACCAGUCCAGAGAACGGUGAAGCAGCCACCGGCCGAGGGGGUCAAGUCCAACCCAUCCAAGAGACACCGAGACAGGCUGAACGGGGAGCUGGAGAGGCUGGCCAGUCUUCUGCCUUUCCCUGAAGAAGUGACCUCCAGUCUGGACAAACUCUCCAUCCUCCGUCUGAGCGUCAGCUACCUGCGAGCCAAGAACUUCUUCUCUGUUGCCCUGAAGAGCCACACUUGUAAUGGAGCAGUUCCCAAUGGUGGUAACAAUGACAAUGGAAAAGCCGCUGGAUUGACAGACACUUGGCUGCCCGAAGGCGAGUUCUUGCUGCAGGCUCUUAAUGGUUUUGUUCUGGUUGUCACGGCUGAUGGGGCAAUCUUCUAUUCCUCUCACACCAUCCAGGACUACUUGGGAUUCCACCAGACUGACGUCAUGCACCAGAGUGUUUACGAGCUAGUCCAUACAGAAGAUCAGCAAGAGCUCAGGAGAAAUUUGCACUGGGCUUUGAACCCACAUCCUGCCACUCUAGCCCCAGUGACCCAGGAAUCUCCGCAAGAGUUGGAACCUGACAGCAGCACCUCCUUAGUUACCUACAAUCCAGAGCAGCUCCCCCCAGAGAACUCCUCCUUCCUGGAGAGGAGUUUUGUGUGUCGCUUCCGCUGCCUUCUGGACAACUCCUCUGGCUUCCUGGCCUUGAACCUCCAGGGCAGGCUGAAGUUUCUGCAUGGACAGAACCAGCGGCAAGAAAAUGGAGGGAAAGUCCCCCCACAGUUAGCCCUUUUUGCUAUUGCCACUCCUCUCCAGCCACCUUCCAUCUUGGAGAUCAGGACUAAGAACAUGAUCUUCAGAACCAAACACAAGCUGGACUUCACUCCCAUGGCCUGUGAUGCAAAAGGGAAGAUAGUCUUGGGGUACACAGAGGCCGAGCUCCGAGUGAAAGGAUCUGGAUAUCAGUUCAUCCAUGCAGCAGAUAUGUUGUACUGUGCAGAGAAUCACGUCAGAAUGAUGAAGACAGGGGAGAGUGGUCUGACUGUGUUCAGGCUCCUCACCAAGGACAAUCGCUGGAAGUGGGUCCAGGCCAAUGCCAGGCUGGUCUAUAAGAAUGGCAAACCAGACUACAUUAUUGCCACCCAGAGACCCUUAGUGGAGGAGGAGGGAGGUGAGCACUUGCGGAAGCGAUCCUUGCACCUCCCCUUCACUUAUGCCACAGGGGAAGCCCUGCUUUACCAGUCCAACCAUCCAAUCGCAGGCUUCAUCGAGGGAACCCAUGAGAAGAAUGGCAGCAAGUCUAAGAAAAGCCGGACUGACAGGGUGGCCAGAGACGGUCUCGACCCUGGCUCCCUCCUUGGAGCGCUUAUGAGUCAGGAUGAGUCUGUAUACGUCUGCCAGCCCGCCCUGGAGCCCAAACUGUCCUUCCACAGUAGCUUCUUUGGAGAGCAAAUGGGUUUCUCAGAACCUGAACCAUCCAACCUUCACAGGAGCUGGGAGGAGCCCAGUAACAGCAUGGUGGGGCUGGGACUCCCAGAGCCGACCAGCAGCUUUGACCCCCUUCUGGCCACCCUGGACUCCCUCUCCCUAGCGGGCCAGGGCGUAGCAGAGGCAGAUGAGCAGGACUGUUCCAACAGGGAGCUGUUUGGGGCUCUGGAGGGUCUGGGGCUCAGCGCAGAGGACCUGGAGCUGCUACUGCUAGAUGAGAGGAUGAUAAGGGUGGAGAUGGACCCUGAUCACGUGCCCACCCUGGAUGACCUACUGACCAAUGACGAGAUCCUCUCCUACAUCCACGAGUCCUUAGAAGCAAAAAACGAUAGCAGCUCAGAGAUGGGAGGACAGGUGCCUCCCACUGUUGCCUCUGUGUCUGCCACUGCAUCUGCCACUGCAACCACAGCAUCUCCGCCGGAAGGUAACGUUACCUCAGCUACCAGUAUGCACACUCAGUUCCCCCCCCUUAAGCCUCCGCCGGUGGGUCAGACUCCCAUUGUCCAGCUGUCUCAGCAGAUGCAGCAGCACCUCAGCACUCGACCCGGGAAGGUGGUGAGGGAAUGGGGUCAGCAGAACAACUAUUUAACCAAUUCGAUGGAUAGUGAAGGGCUAUUGGGGCAAAGUUCGCCUAUCUCUAAUGGACAAUGGUCAGCCCAGGGCCUCCUAGCCAACGCAGGGAUACCGGUGGAGCGCUGUCACCCACAACAGACUGUUUAUAACGGCAAGGCCCCAGAGCUCAACAGAGAGCUCUGUCAGGGCCAAGCAAACCAACUCUACCUCCAGCAGCAGCCCAGAGCACAGAGCCAGCGCCUGCAGCCGUGCCAUGCCAAACCGAAAGGGGCCAACCCCAAAGGAUUGUGUAGCAUUCCAAACACAGCGCACCUGGCCACUAAAGCCCAGUGGCAGGACUACAGCUUCGCUCACACGGAAGAAGGCCUCAGUGGCACCCCCUGCCUCAGUAAUGGCCGAGCAGCCCUUUCGAAUGUCUCACUGGACACUUGUGGGGAUUACAGUAUGCCGGACAUCGAGGAGAUCGACAGCACUAUCAACGGAGGUGGUACGUACGGGGGGAGCUUGCACCACCAGCACAGCACUUCCUACCAGAAGGUGAACCACAAAUGCCAGCAGGAGCAGCUCCCACCCCCUCUCGCCCAGGUGCUCUCUAGUCUGUCCCAGUGUCCUCCUCCCAAUGCUACGCUGGAGCAGAUCCUCGGAGUUUGUCAGCCUUGCAGGCAGCUGGACCCCUACAACGUGGUGACAGCAGAGAUCCCUUACAACCCUGACCACAGUAAGAUAGAAAAUGGCUGCAUCCUCAACAGCGCUUACCCUGGAGGCUGUGCCCUGACCAAUGGGAAUGGAACAGCACCCCCUAAAGGCCAGAUACCAGUGCCCGACCCACUCUCCAGUCUCCCAGACCCACAGGCCACAGGCUUCUACCUCUGACUAGAGAGAACCUCAACAAGCGUUGUCCUGGAGCAAAGGGUGGCCAAACGCCAUACGGUCGGAGGUUCCCCAUGACUGAACCAGCCUUUUACUAACUAGAUAAGAGGAAAACAAAAAGCGACAUGAU